AUGGCGGGAAUCGAGGGAAGGGAAUCGGCUGUUUUUUGGUCAGCGAGAAACAGCACUUCGCGUCCAACCAGCGCCCCUGUGCCAGGGAGGUCUUGUGGGCCUGUGGGUACUUUUGUUGCUGCUGCACAAGUCCUUCAGGAGACCGCGGCCUUACGGAGUCGCUCAGUCCGAGAAGCCAUGCUGCCUGGCACCUUGAGCGUGAGCGAUGCGAAUGAGGUCUUGAGGCAUGCGCUGCCGAAAGGCGACAGCUGGACGCCCGCGCACGAGUUCUUGGUCUCGCUGGCGGUGCGGCCGAUCCUCCAGGCACGGCGCCUGCCGCUGCGGCAGACUGCUGCGACCCUUCGAAGCGUGAUCGAACUGCAGGCCUUCGCGCAUCCCUUUGCCUUGGACCAGGCGGCGAAGCUGCUGAGGCGCUUGUGGCCUAGAGUGGCCGACCACCUGCCGUACUUGGGCCCCAAAGAGUUGGCCGUGUCUGGCCCCAGCGAGCGCGAGACCAGACAGGGGCAUUCCCAAAUCUUCUAUGGCACCUCGCGCCCCGAGUGGUUUGCCAUGGCAGCCUGGGAGCCCUUCAGGCAGCUGUGUAUUGUUGGCGCUGGGCCGGCGGGGCUGCAGCUUGGCCACUUCUUGUCCCAGGACACAUCCGAAAUCCUUCGAGACUUUGUGAUCUUCGAGAAGAGCAGCUCCGCCGGCAGCUUCUUCCGACGCUUUCCCAUCCAUCGAAUGCUCAUAAGCCUCAACAAGCGGAACGUCGCUCGGGGUGGCAUGGACUUUCGCAUGCGCCACGAUUGGAACUCGCUGCUGGGUGCAGACACUUUGGGCAUUGCCCCGAUGACUGCCCGGACCACGGAGCUCUAUCCUCAUGCAGAUGUCUUGGUCCAGUACCUCAGGGACUAUGCGGUGCAUUUGUCAGGACACAUCCGGUUCAAUACGAAGGUUGUGCGGCUCAGCCGCGAAGAUGAGCACUUCCAUCUGGAGAUCCAAAGCACCAACGCCUCGGGAGAACAACGCGCCCAACGCCUCGUGCAACGCUGUGGGCUGGUGGUGCUGGCUGUGGGACUCACGCCCUCUUUGCCACAGGAUGUGGUCGGCUCCCAUUUGCUGACCGGCUAUGAAGAGCUUGAGCCCAGUGGCUCGGCCUACGAGAAUCGCUCAGUGCUGGUUUGGGGAUUUGGCAACGCCGCCCAUGAAACGGCUCGUGAGCUGCAGAAAUACACGCAGGCCGUCACUUUGCUGCACCGGGAGCGGAGCGACACCUUCGACCUUUGGAAAGCUUCGAGCUCUGCGCUGCCACGCUUCGCCUUCUUUACACACUAUCCAGGUGAUGUAAGGACAGUGACGAUGCAAAUCUACGACUCGUACCUCUUGAAGGCUUUGGACGUGAAGCUGCCCUACUCCUCCCAGGACGAGGAGCCGGUCUUCCUGCCUUGCCCUCCGCAGCUCUGUGUUUGGGUCUCCAAGCGCCAACGUUGUGCAGGUGGAGGCUUCGAAGGGCAGAUCUUGCCGCUGCGCCAUGUGCGGGCCACGGAGCGUCGGGAGUGCGUGGUGGAGGUAGGGCCUUUGCCACUCCAUGCCGAAAGGCAGCUCCGAAGGCGGCUCCGGACGACGGCCGUGGAGGGCCGCGACUUCGUGUGGCGCGGCGCAACGCCCCGGUCCUGGCGGGCGGAGCAGGCCUUGACGCAGCGUCUCCGCGAGCUGGGCUUUGGAUCGUUGGAGGAGUACCUCGCAUGGCGAAACCGCGAAGGCCAAAUGUCUUCUGGGAAGGCCUGGCAUGAGGCACAACGCUUGGAGGUGUCAAGUGCCUUUUUGGAGAGGGAACCAUCCUUCCUACAGUUGGUGGCCAGGCUGCGUCCGAGCUUGGGUAUCGAGCCGUUGCGGUUUCCCGUGGACGUGGCCGUGCGCUGCUUGGGGUGGAAGGCGAACCUGAUGGAGGGCCUGGAGGUUUUCACAGGCAAGUACCCACCCAUGGACGCGUCCUACCAGUCAGUGACGAUGCCUGGCCUCUACUUUGCAGGCGCUGUGAGCCAUGGCCGUGACUAUCGCAGAUCAGCUGGAGGCUUCAUCCACGGCUUCAGGUACACUGCUCGGGCGUUGCACCGCAUCCUGCAGCAGCGAGGCUGCCACGGCGGGUGGCCGAAUCGAAGCUUCCAAGUGGCGGAGCACGGCUGGAUGCAGCAGGUCCUGGAGCGGGUGAAUGAAGCCGCGGGCCCCUAUCAGAUGUUCGGCGAGCUGGUGGAUGUGGUCCUCUUUUUCGGCGAACAGGUGCAGUAUUUGGAGGAGCAACCUUUGGCCUUCGCCCAAGAACAGUUCAAGAUGCAACCACGGCUGCUGUUGAGCUUCGUCUACGGCCGGCGCUUUAGCGCCACGGAUUUACCCAGCCCGGGUGCCAUUGGUGUGGACUUUGGAGAACUCUCGGCCUUCCUCCAUCCGCGCUUGGAGCUUUUUGGGCCCUGUGAAGGCCCAGGGCAUUGUCCACCCAAUCUCUCGCAUGCCAUGGUGGAGGAUGUCUACACCGACUGGCACUCCUGGUUGGGACAUGUCGACCCGCUCUUCGGGUUUCUUCAGGCUUGUGCUGAUAGGGCAGCGAAGUGGCUGAGCGCAGGCAGCGCAGGCUUGUGCUGA